AUGAGAAAGAAAUCUGUACUGUAUGUGGAAAAUGACAACAAUUUAUGCUUACCCAUUGCCAUAGGUCUGUGUUUUUUGAAAACCUGCAAGAAGGUUGAUGCCAAUGAAUGGGAGCAUUUAAUCAGAGGGAAUCCUGGAACAAUUCUAGAGCACGCAAUUCAACACAAAACCGUUCCAAAAUGGUAUUAUGGUAACUUGCUCAAAAAAUCUCGCAAGAAAGGGCAGACAGAGAUGGCAUUGCAACUUUGCAGAAAAGCUGGUGUACCUGUUGACCGAUAUCUGGGCUUGAACGACAUAGAACCUUUUGAAAACCUGCUGGACGUGAGUGUCAAUGUCGUGUCAUCGAGAGUAGGGAAUAAAUUUGUCAAGGUAGCAAAGGAGCCAGAGCGAACAUGUCUGUUUUUGUACCACGUAGAAUCGGAAAAUGAAAAACAUUGGCAUGGCAUUAGUAGUAUCCAAGGCUUUUUCAAUGCAGCUUAUUUUUGUCAUACUUGUUUGAAACCUUACAAAACCAAAUUCAAGCAUACGUGUUCAACUUCUUGUGAUGUGUGUCUGCACGAUAACUGUGUGGAAACGGAAAUAAAAGUAGGAUGCUUAUCUUGUGGUCGCGUGUGCCGUUCCCUCGAGUGUUUCAAAAGACAUAAGGUGGGUAAAACUGUGCAGAAAGAACAGAUUCCUCCUGCAUGCGAGCUGUGGCAUCAGUGUAGGAAAUGUCGUGUAAAGCUUUCAGCUGCUAAACGCAAUCCCAAACUUCAUGUCUGCGGUGAGUGGCAAUGUUCCAGUUGUUUGGAAUACCGCGUAGGGGAACAUCUCUGUUUUCAAAAAUCUUGCAGUUUGGAUCCCGAAGAACGAAAGACGAAGAAAUUCAUCUUUUAUGACUUUGAGACGCGACAAGACGAUAUUUAUCAGUGUGAGGAGGGAUACAACUCUUCUGGCAUCAGAUGUCGAGAAUGUGCUCCUAAAGGACAUCAAUGUGCAAGCUGUAGGCUGUGUCGACAUUGUCAAGAUCCGUCUUGCGGUCUGGAACAGCAUAAGGUCAAUUUUGCUGUACUUCAAACCUCAUGCCACGAUUGUGAAAAUGAAGAUUUAAAAGAAAAUUCGAAAUGUAGCAAGUGCGGCGUACGUUGCAUCCGAUGUUCUAAAAUGAAAAAAUCAAAGUUUGUGGGUCCACCUUGUCCUGAUAGCUGCGGUCAUCGGGAACUUGUAUUUAGAGGAGAAGAUGCAGCACAACGGUUUUGUUCUUACGUGACUCAACCUCAUCUUAAAAACACGAUCUUGAUCGCCCACAAUGCCAAAAGCUUUGAUCUAUAUCCAAUUUUGGAGGUUCUCAUAGACCGUCAUUCGAUUCGUCCUGACAAAAUCAUCUACAACGGAUCCAAAGUAAUGUACAUGCACAUCGCCAACAAACUGAAUCUAACUUUUCUUGAUUCGUUGAAUUUCCUACCGAUGAAACUGGCAAAGAUCCCCGAAGCCUUUGGUUUAGAGGAACUCAGUAAAGGAUUUUUUCCACAUUUUUUUAACAAGAAAGAAAAUCAAAGUUACGUGGGUCCCUUUCCUGAUCUAGAGUAUUACGGAUACAACUUAAUGUCAUCGGGAGAGAGAAAGAAAUUGGCUCAAUGGCAUGCAAGUAAAAGUUCCGAAACAUUUAACUUUCAGGAGGAGAUGCUGAAGUACUGUCGUUCAGACGUCGACAUCUUGAGAAGGGGUUGCAUAGCUUUCCGAAAUACUGUACUUCAAGCCACGACAAUAGAAACUUCGCAUGUUCAACCCGAUGGAACUAUUUCAUCAACGACCAUAGAUGGCGUAGACCCCUUUAAUUACGUAACGAUUGCCAGUGUUUGUAUGGGUAUUUAUAAAACUUUAUUUUUUAAACACAACCUUGAAGUAGAAAUUACGAGGGACCAGACAUCCACCUGGCAUCAGAUGGAGAACUUUGAGGGGGUAAAAGGGGUGUGGCUUGAUGGAAAAUGGGUAGCCCUCAGCGACCUGGAAAAAGAGGAAAAUACAGCAGUUGGAAAUCAAAAACUGACAAGCCCUAUUGCUGUCGUGCCUUCUCAAGGAUACGUCAGUAAAGAUAAUUUCAGCAAGAUCUCUAUUGAAUGGUUAGAAUGGCUUAUGGUCAAGUCACAACGUCGAGGGCAACCCAUUCAUAUCCGUCACGCUCUCAAUGGUGGAGAAUAUCAGAUUCCGGGUACGAAAUACCGAUGUGACGGAUUUGUAGAGAAACCUAACGGAAAAGGCACCAUAUACGAAUUUUAUGGCUGUGUGUACCAUGGAUGUCCGGAUUGCUUCCAGAAGGAUCGAUCUGAUGUCAAGCACCCUGCGACAAAGCAGACAUUAGACGAACUCUUUAAGAUGACCAAGAAGCGAGAAAGGGAACUCAAGGAGCUCGGAUACGAUCUGGUCGUCGUAUGGGAGCACCAGUUUCGCUACCAGCUGGAGAAAAACACCGACUUGCAACAAUUUAUCAACACACUGGAUCUACAAGACAGACUAGAUCCCCGAGACAGUUUCUUUGGCGGACGCACCAAUGCCAUAAAACUCCAUUAUAAAGCUAAAGAUGCCGAAGCGAUUCCGUACUACGAUUUCACCAGUCUCUAUCCUUGGACAAAUAAAUACUGUCGUUAUCCCGUGGGUCAUCCGACCAUUAUCACGAAGGAUUUUCGGGAUAUAUCAAACUAUUUCGGUCUUGCCAAAAUCAAAGUCCUGCCGCCAACAAAAUUGUACCACCCUGUACUUCCGUUUCGAUCUCAAGGAAAACUAAAAUUUCCUUUAUGUCGAACAUGUGCAGACGCUGAAAAUCAGCACGCCUGUACUUGUUCUGUAGAGCAAAGAACCAUCACGGGCACGUGGUGUACUCCCGAAAUCCAAAUGGCAGUGUCGAAAGGGUACCAAAUUUUGAAAAUUUACGAGGUUUAUCACUUUGAGCAAUCGACUCAGUACGACCCAACUUCGGGUGAGGGGGGUCUGUUUGCAAAGUAUGUUAAUACGUUCCUUAAGAUUAAACAGGAAGCCUCGGGAUUUCCUCCCGAGUGUGUAAGUGAAGAGUCGAAACAAGAAUAUAUAAGACAAUACAAAGAAAAAGAGGGCAUAGACUUAGAGUACGACAGAAUUGAGAAAAAUCCGGGUUUGCGCUGUUUAGCCAAACUCUGUCUUAAUAGCUUUUGGGGAAAAUUUGGUCAGAGACUAAGCAUGAAGCAAUCCAUGUUCUUUCAUGAAUCCGAAUGUGAUAAAUUUUUUCAGAUUCUCUCAGAUCCUACGAAAGUCCCCCACAAUUUUCACAUUGUUUCCAAGGACACCCUUCAAUUUGAAUGGAGUAAUCAUUCCAUGUUUAUGCCUCAUGAUUGCAAAACAAACAUAUUUCUGGCAAGUUUUACGACUGCGCAUGCACGGCUGCGCUUAUAUAGUGUAUUAGAUCGGUUGGGGGAGGACGUUCUGUAUUUCGAUACAGAUAGUGUCAUAUUUAAAACACAAAAGUCGGACGAGUUGCAUUAUCUACCCAUAGGAAAUUAUUUAGGGGAAUUGACCAACGAAAUCAAACCAGAUGAUGGUUACAUUGUAGAAUACGUGUCGGGGGGUCCCAAAAAUUAUGCAUACCGCACUCUUUCUGGCAAGGAAGAAUGUAAAGUUCGUGGUUUUACAUUAAAUUGGGCUAAUUCUAAAAUAAUUAAUUUCGAUGCUAUCAAAUCCUUGAUCUGUACAACACAAGAUAAGCAGAUUGAAAUCACCAACCCCUGUAAAAUAACCAGGGACAGUCGAAAAAGAAAAUUGUUAAACCGUAUAGAAACCAAACGAUAUCAAAUGGUUUACACCAAAAGGAGAAUUUUACCCAAUUUAGAUACGCUGCCAUUUGGAUUUUGUUAA